GUUAGGUAGGUGGGAGGCUGGACCGACCACGCCAAGUGGAUCGAUCAACGUCUACGUGAAAGCCGACAUAAGGGGUAAAUGUGUCAUUUUGUGCCUGUCUCUAACCUGAGAGAUUCUCCAGAAAACUGAACGUACGGCGGAGGAGAGAAGCCAGGCGACGGAGAAAACAAAAAAAAUCCAUAAUAAGGGGGAGAAAGAAGAAAGAAAGCACAUUGCUUUCGUUUUCUCCGCUUCUUAAACUUCUUAAUCCUUCUCCGUCUUGUCUCUUCCCUUUCGCUCCAUUCCUCGAUCCGUGAAAAAGGAUCAGGAAUCUUCAAAAAUUCGUUGUUUUUUUUCAAUUCAGACGGUGUGCAAAUACAGACAUUGAUCUGUCGAAAUGCCGACGGUCUCGUACUCCACGGCGAGCUCUAGUGGCGGAUGUAGAUUUAUGUUUCAAUCAGCUUUACCAGCGAUCAAUUCUCCUAAUUUCAUCAGAAUUAGGACACAUUUUCAGAGUGACAGAUUAUGUAUGCAUCGUUUGGCAUUGGUAAAUGGAGACCGUAAAGCGAGAGGAACAACUGUACGUAUGGCUUUAGUCGAUGAGAGGCUAACAACAAGCCAAAAUUUUACUGAGCCUCCUCGGAUCCUGGCGUACGAUCUUGUUCAAGGUGCACUUGUGAAAUGGAGAUGGAAGGAGGACAAGUCUGUUCCAGAUACACCUACUGCUGUUCUCCUACACGGAAUUCUAGGGAGCGGGAAAAACUGGGGCACUUUUGCUCGAAGAUUAGCUCAUGAGUUCCCAACUUGGCAGUUUCUCUUGGUAGACCUGCGUUGUCAUGGGGAUUCAGCGUCUCUGAAAAAGAGAGGUCCACACUCUGUUGCUUCAACGGCUUCUGAUGUUCUUAAACUUGUUGGUCAGUUGAGAUUAACACCUCGGGUCCUUGUUGGUCACAGCUUUGGAGGGAAAGUUGUUUUGAGCAUGGUGGAACAAGCAGCUAAGCCUCUUCCACGACCAGUCCGAGCUUGGGUAUUGGAUGCUACUCCUGGAAAAGUUCGUGCAGGAGGAGAUGGAGAGGAUCAUCCACGAGAGCUUAUAUCAUUUCUACGUACAUUGCCAAAAGUGGUCUCAUCAAAGCGCGAGGUUCUAAACGCUCUUAUCAAAGAAGGGUUUUCCAAUGAUGUUGCACAGUGGGUCAUUACCAAUCUCAGACCUACUGGACCAUCGUGCUCGAGCUUCUCGUGGACGUUUGACUUGGACGGGAUCUCCCAACUUUAUCAGUCCUACGAAGACACAAAUCUAUGGAACUUUGUUGAGAAUCUUCCAAGAGGAGUACAUGUGAAUUUUCUAAAAGCCGAAAGAAGCUUGCACCGUUGGGCCUUAGAGGACCUCCAACGAAUCCACGCCGCUGAAGAGCUCGCCUCUGAAGAAGGAGGCGGCGUAGAAAUGCAUGUCCUGGAAGACGCUGGCCACUGGGUUCACACGGAUAACCCGGAUGGUCUCUUCAGGAUCUUGUCAUCUUCUUUCCAGUUUCUCAGAGCCUAGAUGUGCAAAACGCUCUAGGUUCUGCUCUUUUUCUCUGUUUAAUACUUGUGGAGAAGCUACGUCUAAAAUCACAUUUUGACAGAUACAAUAUCAUGUAUAUCAACAUUGUGUCCGUGUAAUGUUUUGGGUGACAUAAGUAACAAAUAACAUCACAUAGCUGUAUCAUCCGGCAUUAUUCAUGAUUCUAUGUCCUUUACA